CUCUGAGCUACACUCGGGAGCACCCAAGCUCCCGAAUGCCGUUCAGAAACCAAUUGAGAGUACCUCAGCGUUACCUAGGAGGUCCGUUCAGAAACGUGUCGGGUGUUCCCGAUCGGGAGACUUGCACCCUGGGGCUCUAUUCUGGGCUGCGUUCAGAAACUUCACCUUGCAGGUACCCAGGAGUACGUUCGGAAACCUAUUCCCCAGGGUAGGGGUUAACUUGUCGAGGAAACGUCAAGUGACCACCUGGGUAAAUAUGGCAGUCGAUGAGAAAUGAAAACCUGCUGAACGGUGGGGGUAAAGAUCGAGGGAAAAAAAUGGCAAAUUCCAAAAAAAAAUAUGAUUAUUGCUACUGCAAUAGUUAUGGGGACACAAAUGAUAAAAGAUUGUGAAUAUUCGGAAACGUCUUCAUCAGAUAGUGAAAUUGAAGAAUUAUUAAAGAAGUUCACUAAAAAGAAGAUACAGUGUAUUGAGGGAUAUAUUGAGAGAGUUGUAUCAAAUUAUAUAAAUCAUGAAUUCCAAUCUCACUUUUGGAUUACACGUACCACAUUUGAAGUUUUUAUUGACAAUUCUUGGUCCAAACUUGGAAAAUAAUUUGAACAUUGGUAGGCCAACAACGUCAGUAGAGAAGCAAUUGCUUUCAGUGAUUUGGCUGUUAGCAACUCCUGAUUCUUAUCGGUCUGUUGGAGAAAGAUUUGAUAUUAGCAAAUCCACCUUGUUCGCUUGCUUUGAGCGUGUAAUUGAUACUUUAAAUAGUGUAUCUUCUAAAGAUAUUUGUUGGCCAAGGCAAGAAGAACUUGUAAGAAUAAAAGAAAAAUUUAAAGCAAUGGCUAAUAUUAAUGGUGUUUUUGCAGCAGUUGAUGGAACAUAUGUGCCAAUAAAAGCAUCCUCGGAAAAUCCAGACGUUUAUAUUACGCGUUACCCUGGCUCUGUUCAUGACGCUAGAAUUUUUCGAAAUUCUAAUAUAUAUCACUUAAUAUGUGAAAAUGUUAAUAAAUAUUUUCCCGGGAAUGAAUUUAUUGUAGCAGAUAAAGCUUAUCCGGUUUUAAAAUGGUGUAUUCCUCCAGACAUUGAUUGAGGAAAUUUAACGAGAACGCAACGUCAUUUUAAUGAGUCAGUGUCGAAAAAUAAUUGAAAGAGCAUUUGCUUUAUUGUUUGGAAGAUUCCGACGACUAAAGUAUCUUGACAUGAACAGAGUUGAUAUGAUGGCUGUAACAGUUACAGCUUGCUGUAUAUUGCAUAAUAUAUGUAUAGAUAAUAGUGAUGAUUUAUUGAAUGAAUAUAUAAAUGAAGGAAUGAGAGAGAGAGAAUAAUGUACAAAAUGAAAGAGAAGAAAUUAGAGGAAUGGAAGAUAGAGAAAUUGCUAACAGUC